CGCCGUCACCUGAUAUACCUCACGCAGUGAACCGAUCUCAAACAGUUCUGGUUGAAACAUGGUGAACAUGAUGUCUCCGGUUGUUGUCCUCCUCGCGGUGACUUUCCUCUCAGUCUCUUUGGCUCAGUUCGUUCCACCGUUCACUGAGGACUGUCGCUCCGACAUGUAUCCGCCCAACGGACCCACGUUCAGAGGGGCGGUCAGCUGGUACACGGUGAACCUCGACUUGCCCCCCAGCAAGAGGUGGAGCGCUCUGAUCGCCGACAAGAAAAAAGAUCUGGUGACCAUGAUGCAGGCCGUCAGAGACCUGGCCAAUGCGUUCGUGCCCAGUGGGAAACUGAUCGAGGUGGUUGACGUCACACUGCCCAUCAUGGCGAAAACUCUCCCGAAACCGUUCGGUGAGGAGAUGAAAGGAAUUGCUGAUGUUUCGGGGAUUCCUCUCGGUGAGGUCGUCUUGUUCAACAUCUUUUACGAGGUGUUCACCGUGUGCACGUCAGUCGUCGCUGAAGAUGAUAAAGGGAACCUCAUUCAUGGCAGAAAUCUGGAUUUUGGAUUAUUUAUGGGCUGGGACAUGAAAAACAAGUCGUGGAUCAUCACCGAGAAGCUGAAGCCUCUGGUGGUGAACCUCGACUUCCAGAGAAACAACAAGACCGUCUUCAAAUCCACCAACUUCGCUGGAUACGUCGGCAUGUUGACCGGCAUCAAGCCUCAAACCUUCACCCUGACUAUGAAUGAGCGCUUCAGCCUCGAUGGAGGAUACAUCGGAAUCCUGGAGUGGGUCCUGGGCCAGAGAGACGGGAUGUGGAUGAGCUUUCUCACUCGCUCUGUGCUCGAAAACGCAAACAGCUAUGAGGAGGCCAAAACCCGCCUGGCUACAACCAAGCUGCUCGCUCCUGCCUACUUCAUCCUCGGUGGAAACCAGACGGGGCAGGGCUGCAUCAUCACCCGCUCCAGAGAGCUCAACAUCGACUUGUUGGAACUGGACCUGAAGCAGAACCGCUGGUUCGUCCUGGAGACCAACUACGACCACUGGGAGGAGCCUCUGUUCCUGGACGACCGCAGGACCCCCGCCAUGAAGUGCAUGAACCAGAUCACACAGAAGAACAUCUCUUCAAAGACCAUCUACGACGUCCUCUCCACCAAACCUGUGUUAAAUAAGUUGACCACUUACACGUCACUGAUGCAAGUGUCUAAAGGGAGCCUGGAGUCGUACAUCCGGGACUGCCCCAACCCCUGCAUGCCCUGGUGAAGCUCUGAUCUGAACUCUGAUCAGUUUGUAAACGCUGAGCCGUUGACAGAGGCACUGAAUGAGACGAGCUCAGCUGAUCUGGAGACAGAACCAAAGAUUGUCUCCCGGACCAAAGUCUGUUUGUCUCCCUGUUGUCACUGUGAUGUUUGUCUUCCCUGUUUCAGACAAUUCAGGAAUAAAUGACAAAAAUACUAAAUCCCACUUUUUCUGUUCAUGAGGGAAACUGGUACCAAAGUGAAUUAAUUUGUAAAUGUCUUCUUCUUUCUCUUUUUACUGUGAUCUUACAUUGUUGCUCAUGUGUAUAAAUAAAUUAAAGACAAUUUUAAUGCUUUAUAUGGUCCUUGUCUCUAAUGACGUAACACUGAUGAAUGUACCUCAUUGCUGAACAUGCUUUUUUAAAGAUUGUUAUUAAAAGAAUUCACACAAUUA